AUGGCACCAGAUAUCAAAUUCAACUGCGCACUCGUCACAGGGGGCGCAGGUGGCAUCGGCAGGGCGAUCGCUGAGUACCUUAUUUCGAAGGGCACGAGAGUCUUGCUCGCGGGACGUACUGAGUCCAAUUUGAAAGAAACCGCCCAGCUUAUUGGCGCAGCCGGGUAUUAUGUGGUCGAUACAGGAAAGAUUAAUACUCUCUCGCCUUUCAUCGCCAAGAUCACCGCUGAGCACCCCGACCUGGACUGCUUAGUGAACAACGCGGCCGUUCAGCGCGUAUUAGAUAUCUCCAAUGAUGCGGAGUAUCUUGCAAAGGCCGACGAGGAAAUCGACAUAAACGUCCGAGGGCCGAUGCAUCUGUCCAUUGGACUACUGCCCCAUUUCCGGACCAAGCCAAGCGCGAUGAUAAUCAAUGUGUCCAGUGUCCUAGGAUUCAUUCCCUUUUCUGUGGUCAACCCGGUUUAUAACGCGACCAAGGCAUGGAUUCACUUCUGGACUAUGAAUCUACGUACUCAGAUAGCCCAGGAGGGCUCGAACAUUCGAGUGGUCGAGAUCGCACCACCAAUGGUAGCAACAGACUUGCACCGUGAUAGAGAGAAUCCAGACGACAAUAAGAAAGAGUUCAGUCCUCAUACUCUCACAGUCGAAGAAUUCAUAGACACGAUUGUCCCCAAGUUGGAGGCAGGAGAGACUCUCAUCACAGCUGGAAUUGGAGAGCAGGUUGUGGGUGGAUGGAAUGAUGCCUUUGGCCAACGAUAUCUUCAGAUGACAGGCGGGAAAUAA